UUUUUUAUCAGGAAAAUGUGCUGCUAAAAAAGUAAAAAACUAAAGCAAAGUAAAACCAAACCAAACAGCAGCUGCGGACUUGUCCCGGGCUGGUGCCCCGCGCCUCGCCGGCCGUGGAUGAGCUUCUCCAUGAGAGAUCCGGUUAUUCCUGGGACAAGCAUGGCCUACCACCCUUUCCUACCUCACCGGGCCCCGGACUUUGCUAUGAGCGCGGUGCUGGGCCAUCAGCCUCCUUUCUUCCCCGCGCUGGCCCUGCCACCCAACGGGGCCGCGGCGCUGUCUCUGCCCGGGGCCUUAGCCAAGCCCAUCAUGGAUCAGUUGGUGGGCGCUGCCGAGACGGGAAUGCCUUUUUCCUCGCUGGGACCCCAGGCCCAUCUGCGGCCUCUCAAGACCAUGGAGCCCGAGGAGGAGGUCGAAGAUGACCCCAAAGUACACCUGGAGGCCAAGGAACUUUGGGACCAGUUUCACAAACGGGGCACGGAGAUGGUGAUCACCAAGUCUGGAAGGCGAAUGUUUCCACCGUUUAAAGUAAGGUGUUCUGGGCUGGAUAAAAAAGCCAAAUAUAUCCUGUUGAUGGACAUUAUAGCUGCGGAUGACUGUCGUUAUAAAUUUCACAAUUCGCGGUGGAUGGUGGCGGGUAAGGCCGAUCCCGAAAUGCCAAAGAGAAUGUACAUUCACCCAGACAGCCCAGCUACCGGGGAACAGUGGAUGUCCAAGGUUGUCACUUUCCACAAACUGAAACUCACCAACAACAUUUCGGAUAAACACGGAUUUACUUUGGCCUUCCCAAGUGAUCACGCAACCUGGCAGGGGAAUUAUAGUUUUGGUACUCAGACUAUCUUGAACUCCAUGCACAAGUACCAGCCCCGGUUCCACAUUGUCAGAGCCAAUGACAUCCUGAAACUCCCCUAUAGCACAUUUCGGACUUACUUGUUCCCUGAAACCGAGUUCAUUGCUGUGACGGCUUACCAAAACGACAAGAUAACCCAGUUAAAAAUCGACAACAACCCAUUUGCAAAAGGUUUCCGGGACACAGGCAAUGGCCGGAGAGAAAAAAGGAAACAGCUGACCCUGCAGUCCAUGCGCGUGUUUGAAGAUAGGCAUAAGAAAGAGACGGGUACUUCGGAUGAGUCCUCCAGCGAACACGCUUCCUUCAGCUGCUUUGCACAAUCUUCAUCUCCCGCAGUGUCCACCGUGGGCACCUCCAACCUCAAAGAUCUGUGUCCCAGCGAGGGGGAAAGCGACGCCGAGGCCGACAGCAAGGAGGAGCAGGGCCCAGAGGCCUGCGACAUGGCCAAGAUCUCCACCACCACGUCGGAGGAGCCGGGCCGCGACAAGGGCAGCCCCGCGUGCAAGACGCAGCACUUUCAUGCUGAGCCGGGCAGCCGGGCCAGGGAUAGCAGCUCCCGGCUGGACAAAGCGUCGCCUGACUCUCGCCACAGCCCGGCCACCAUCUCGUCCAGCACCCGGGGCCUGGGAGCCGAGGAGCGCCGAAGUCCCGGCCGCGAGGGGCCUGCCCCGUCCAAGGCUACCACCGAGGAGACGCGCGCUCUGCCGGCCAAGGAGGCCUUUGCGCCCCUUUCGGUGCAGACGGACGCGGCCACCGCACACCUGGGCCAGGGGCCCCUGCCUGGUCUUGGCUUCGCCCCAGGCCUGGCCGGCCAGCAGUUCUUCAACGGGCACCCGCUUUUCUUGCACCCUGGCCAGUUCGCCAUGGGCAGCGCCUUCUCCAGCAUGGCAGCCGGCAUGGGUCCUCUGCUGGCCACCGUGUCCGGCGCUUCCACCGGUGUCUCCGGCUUGGAUUCCACAGCUAUGGCCUCGGCAGCAGCGGCGCAGGGACUGUCCGGGGCGUCUGCGGCCACUCUGCCUUUCCACCUCCAGCAGCAUGUCUUGGCCUCACAGGGCCUGGCCAUGUCGCCCUUCGGAAGUUUAUUCCCUUAUCCUUAUACCUAUAUGGCCGCGGCUGCAGCCGCGUCUUCUGCAGCCGCCUCCAGCUCGGUGCAUCGUCACCCCUUCCUCAACCUGAACAGCAUGAGGCCCAGGCUACGCUACAGUCCCUACUCCAUCCCUCUGCCCGUGCCUGAUGGGGGCAGCCUGCUCACCACCGCGCUGCCCUCCAUGGCCACAGCCGCGGGGCCCCUGGACGCCAAAACAGCCGCCGCCCUGGCUGCCAGCCCAGCCUCGGGGACGGUGGAGUCGGGCUCAGAACUCAACAGCCGCUCUUCCACCUUGUCGUCCAGCUCCGUCUCCUUGUCGCCCAAACUCUGCUCCGACAAAGAGGCGGCCACCAGCGAACUGCAGAGCAUCCAGAGGUUGGUCAGCGGCUUGGAAGCCAAGCCCGACCGAUCCCGCAGCGAGUCCCCCUAAAAGCCUGCUUUGGCCGCAGGAAAGAAACUCUUCAUUCCAGACCAGUCUGCAGCGCACCUUGUCAGUUGGAUGGAAAUGCCAAUCCCCACCCCCAGCCAACCCCCUGCUGGUGGGAUGUGCCCCCCCCUUCUCCGUGGCUUCUCUCUGGAAAAAGUGGGGGGGGGGGCUGUUUGCCGGACCAUGCUAAGAGUCAUUCGAGAGACAAGGAGUUAGAAGCAGGCCAGUUUUUGCUUAGCCUUGUUGCUAGACCUGGGAUCUGGCUCUGAUCGAUUCUCUGUGACACUGAGCUUUUGGGGUGCUGUUGGAAGGGGUAAGUGGGGGGUUCAGGCAUUUCUGGGGUCAGUCCCUUUAGCCAGGUUAUACCAGUUGAUCUGGACACAGCCACCACCCAG